CCGCAUUCCUCAGGCGCUCGGCUCUCCAACUCGGGAGGUUGCUCCCUCCAUCUUCCAAGCCAAGGCGGGGCCGUGUUUAGCAGACUCGACCAGUGAGACGUUUGCGAUUCGGAUCUCUCGAAUCUUAUUCGAUCCGCUCUCAAAUGCCGAAGCUUCCCGCCUCCCACAUCCGAUAGAAGUAGAGCUCUUGGGUGCGCCUGACCUUGUAGAGGGGACUCCAACGGUCACUCUCGCCCCUCGUCCGGCGCCUCCGUGAUAAAACGAUUGCAUCUGCCCUUCCUCUGUGCUACAAAUAUGCACAUGCCGUCUGACACAGAACAACUCCGCACGAUUCCAUUCCCCCGUAGUCCAGCGCUGCCACAUCAGACAUGGCGUUAACCAGUCUCGUGCUCUCGCCAUGGGCACCAGUCGUCCUUCUGGUCGGCGUGGUUGCUACCUACCUUUACUCUUUCUUCGUGACAUACCGGCCUCUGCGACAUAUCCCAGCACCAUUUCCCGCCCAAUUUUCGGACCUGUGGUUGCUAUCCGUCGUCAGGAGAGGCAAUAGGUUCGAGGUCGUGGACAAGCUCCACAAGAAGCUGGGGCCCGUUGUUCGGAUCCAGCCCAAUCAUGUCAGCAUCGCCGACGAUGCAGCAAUCCAGGUCGUCUAUGGCCAUGGAAAUGGCUUGCUGAAAUCGUCAUUCUACGACGCCUUUGUAAGCAUCAGGAGGGGCCUUUUCAACACCAGAGACAGGGCCGAGCACAGCCGGAAGAGGAAGAUUGUCUCGCACACCUUCUCGGCCAAGUCAAUCAGCCAGUUUGAGCCGUACAUGCACACCAACCUAGAACUUUUCGUCAAGAAAUGGGAUCACCUCAUCAGCACAUCGCACAAUCCAGACGGCGCUGCCCACCUCGACUGUCUCGAAUGGUUCAACUUCCUUGCCUUCGACAUCAUCGGCGACCUCGCCUUCGGAGCCCCGUUCGGCAUGCUCGCGUCUGGGGCCGACAUCGCUGAAAUCCGGGCGUCGCCGACGAGCCCGCCCAUUUACGCGGCGGCCAUCGAGAUUCUUAACCGACGCGGCGAGGUUUCGGCUACGCUGGGAAUCAUGCCCGAGCUGAAGAAGUAUGCAAAGUGGCUUCCCGACCCCUUCUUCUCCAAAGGCCUGGGCGCAGUGGAGAACCUAGCCGGUAUCGCCAUCGCCCGCGUGAAGGCCCGCCUGGCGAACCCGCCCGACAGCAACAGGAAGGAUCUGCUUGCACAGCUGAUGCAGGGACGCGACGACAAGGGGGAGCUGUUGGGCCGCGAGGAGCUCACGGCGGAGGCGCUGACCCAGUUGAUCGCUGGCAGCGACACCACUUCGAACUCGUCGUGCGCUCUCCUGUACCACGUCGCCCGCACUCCUGGCGUUAUCGAGAAGCUUCAGGCCGAGCUCGACGCCGCAAUCCCCGACCACGUCGACGUCGCAACGUUCGAGAUGGUCAAGGAUCUGCCGUACCUCCAGGCCGUCAUCAACGAGGCGCUCCGCUACCACUCCACGUCAGGUAUCGGGCUGCCCCGGCAGAUCCCGUGGGACUCGCAGGGAAUCCACCUGAACGGCCAUUACUUCCCGCCCGGAACGGUGCUCAGCGUACCGACCUACUCGAUCCACCACUCGACCGAGAUCUGGGGGCCGGACGCCGACGAGUUCCGGCCGGAGCGGUGGGAGUCGUUGACACCGCGACAGAAGAACGCCUUCAUUCCGUUCAGCCACGGGCCCCGUGCGUGCGUGGGCCGCAACGUGGCCGAGAUGGAGCUGAAGCUGAUUGUCAGUUGCUGGGCUAGGCGGUAUGACGUCUUCCUCAGGCAAGACCACAUGGACACGAGCGAGGGAUUCCUCAGGAAACCCCUGGGUCUCGAGAUAGGUGUCAAGAGGCGAUCGCCAAAGGUGUAAUCUAGGGGGAUUGCUUGCAAAUAAAGCAAAGCCAGAAUGGAAUCGAGUCAGGGCCACCAGUGGGAAUCAGGACCCAAGUCUCUUUCAGAUGACGACCCUUGUCGCACCAAGCAGGCGACUUUGAGUGAAGAUGAAGAGGUGUUCUGCCUGGAGCUGGAUAUUGCGGAGAUGCGUUUGUCUGGCCAUUGGGACAGUAACUAGGUAGGUAGGUACCUACCAGCAGGCAGGCAUGUACUGGUAGAUGAAUGCGAAGAGCUUGAGC